UCCCCCCCUCCCAGCUCUCCCGUCGCCAUCGCCGCAGGAAUCCCGGAUUAGCUCUCCCGAUGUGGACGGAGAUUAGCCGCCCUAAUCCUUCUUUGCCGGUGCUGGAAACCCUCCGGGGUUUGUUCUGUUGCUGGCGGCGGCGGCGGUUACUGUUUCGGUUGCGCUUUGACUGGACUGUUGCGGCGUGGAUUAAUGCGCUGCCUGGCCGUUCGCCGGCGAACAGCCCGAGGAGGCCUCCUCGCGGCCGCGCGUGCGGCCGCCGCAAGCGUGCGGGCGGGGGGCGCGACAAGACGCCAGCUUUCCGGUGUCUCUUGCUGUUAAUGCCCAAUGCCUCCCGAGAGCUCGUUUUUUUCCUCGUUUUUUUUUUCGUCGCCUGCAUCACUCCGCGUUUGACUGCUCGUCGGCCUUUACGCGCGCGCUCGCGUUCGUGGGUGGGAGGGGCUCGCCGGAGGAUUCGACCGGAUUUGAUGUGCGCAUCUUCAAAUUCUCUCGGCUUUUCCUUUUUUUCCGCUGCGUUGCAAAAGCUGCUGCGUCCUAGCUUUUCUGCGUUCUUAAUUUGGAGGAGGCGUACGGAUCACUGUUCUCCCUAAUUAUUUCCACAGUUGCUGAACCGGGGGGCCUUUUUACAUGCUCUCUUCUUUUUUUUGAAUUGCUCGAUCCUUUUUGCUCCUCUUUUUCGUGCAGGUCCGUUCUUCUCGCGCUUGCUUCUUGCUUUCAGGUUUGGUAUGUUGCUCUGCUCUCGUGCAGCCUCUGAUUAUUGCAGCACACACCCACCCCUCCUGCUGUUUGGGAAUAUCCGAAACCAUUCGGAAUGUGGCGCCUCCAAGCCGGAAUGCCUCUGAAAUCGUUUUGGUGAUGGGUAGGACUCAUUGAGUGAUCUCUGGCAAAAUGAUAAAGCAAGCAGUACAGAACUUGUCCUUAGGAAAGUACCGUAGGUUUUAUGCUUCAAGGGUACAGCUUGAUGUUUCGUUCCUUUUUUUCCAAACAAAUUUUUUUUUCGAACGGCAAAUUUGUUUUUUGGUUCUAUGCAAGUGAUUAUUCCCAGAUAUGCUGGACCAUUCAUGACAUACUAUUAUCCACUUGUACCUACUGGUAACCCUUAUUUCCUUGGCCUUAGUGGUACAUUAUCCAGAUGCUAGAACUUUAUUUCGCUGGAAGACUCGAUACCGUACAUCUGUAGCAAAAUGCUGCUCUAUUUCUAGUGGAUUGGUGAAAUUUUUGCCUUCCUGACGAUCAAUAAGAUUAUAUGUUCUCAUAUGCUACUCUGAAUAUUUCGCAGAUAGUAAAUUGCCAAGGCUCUAAUGAUGGAGGUCAACGGUCAUCACAAACCUCGCGGAGAAUAUAAUGGCACCGGCUGCAAUGGUACUGUAGGAUCACCCAAUAAUUUUGGUGAUGUCGAUCCAUUGACAGAAUGGUUUUACAAACCUCGAACGAUCUCACUCUUGCUGAUGGGAACAGGCAUUUUAAUUUGGGAAAGUGGUGUUCUGGAUCCAGAAAGGAGCUUAUUUGCUGACCGCGUUUCGUCGGUUAAAAGGGGUGUAUUUGCGAUGAUUGCUGUGUUUUUGGCCUACUCUUUUCUUCAGGCACCUUCAACUGUACUCAUUAGACCACAUCCUGCCAUUUGGAGGCUGGUCCACGGGAUGGCAGUUGUCUACCUUGUGGCCCUCACUUUUUUGCUUUUCCAGACUCGUGAUGAUGCUAGGCAAUUCAUGAAGUACCUUCAUCCCGAUCUUGGUGUUGAAUUGCCUGAAAGAUCUUAUGGAACUGAUUGCCGCAUAUACGUACCUGACCAUCCAAAAAGCAGGUUUAACAAUGUUAAUGAGAUCAUUUUUGAUGAGUUUGUUAUCGCUCAUAUCCUUGGAUGGUGGGGUAAAGCUAUAAUGAUACGAAACCAACCACUUUUGUGGGUGUUAUCAAUUGGAUUUGAGUUGAUGGAGCUCACUUUUCGUCAUAUGUUGCCAAAUUUCAACGAAUGCUGGUGGGAUAGCAUUGUCCUCGACAUAUUGAUCUGCAAUUGGUUUGGUAUUUGGGCUGGAAUGAGAACUGUGCGGUACUUUGAUGGGAAGACAUAUGUAUGGGUUGGCCUGAGCCGCCAACCCAACAUUAUCAGUAAGGUCAAAAGGACGCUAGGCCAGUUCACACCAGCGCAGUGGGACAAGGAUGAGUGGUACCCCCUGCUGGGUCCUUGGAGAUUCAUCCAGGUUCUGAGCCUUUGCAUUGUUUUCAUGGCUGUCGAGCUGAACACAUUCUUUCUCAAGUUCUGCCUGUGGAUUCCUCCUCGGAACCCAUUGAUCGUCUAUCGGCUGGUUCUUUGGUGGUUAAUUGCGAUACCAACCAUCCGCGAGUAUAAUACCUACUUGCAAGACAGGAAACCCUUUAAAAAGGUAGGAUCUUUCUGUUGGCUUUCCCUGGCUAUAUGCAUUGUAGAGCUCCUAAUCUGCAUCAAGUUUGGACAUGGUCUCUUUCCGAAGUCCAUGCCGUCGUGGCUGAUCACAUUCUGGACGGGGGUCGCCUUGCUUCUCGUGCUCUUCCUUCUUGUCUGGACUUUCAAAAUUUACCGAACAAUGAUAAGGAAAAGGUUAUAAAUUGUGACCAAAAUUAUUUAUUUGCCUCCAUUCUUUGCCCAAUUCAGUGUUGCCGUGUACAUAAAAAAAAUAUUCAAAUUGUGUACAUGUAGUGGUAGCCGACCUUGGUGGUCUGAAGAGGAUUAUCCAUGAGAAAUUUUUAUGCCUUGUUCGAUUUUUCACCAGCGAAGUAGGAUAGCAGUUCCCCUUUAAUUCAUUUGUAAUGACGUACUUUGCCCAUCGGCUCUUGAGACGUGGAGUUAGCUUGAUGCAACCUAUGAAAUUAUGAAUGAAGAUUCAAAUCUUUUCAGUCCAAA